AUGUUUUCCAGAUCGGGAGAGCGACUGUCAAGAUCACUAGCUGAUUUACUGAAUGCCGACGCGGAUGAACGCUUCCUUCAGCUGAGGCAUAGAUAUUUAUCAACAGCUAGUAUGAAUAUACCUCACAUUAACCCAGCUAAAUCAGUGGACGGCCACACUGAAAUCACCGAAGAAUCAUUUAGUGAUAGAACAACUCAUCAGUCACAUAUUGAAUCGCCUAAACCGGAGAUUACCCCGGCCGAGGUGAAAGCCCACAGCAAUAAUGUAAACGUGUAUUUCAAGGGACAAUAUAAGAACCGCCCAGGGAUUAAUUCCCGAGAAGACCUCCCGUCGAGAGUAUAUUCAGAAUGCCAAGAUGAAAGUGCGUUUGGAAUAUACAUCAGUACCAGUAGCUCGGAUAAUUCAUUGGUGCCACCUUCAAGGUUGUAUGGAACACCAUACGCGAGACCACCAUCAAACAACAGAAUAGAAAUUUAUACCGGCCAGAAUCAAAUCCAGCAGACUGAUUUUCCAGCAGGAGCUAUGGCACAGUCUAGCCACUACAAUUCGAAAACUAGGACCAGCUCGCCAAAGCAAGUUAACUUACCGACUUACAGCGAAAGAUAUGGGCUCUUAAACAGUAUAUUUUCCAAAGAAGCUGCGAAAAACGUUAUUCGUAAGCCUGGAAAAAACUUCGCUGCGGGGGAGUCUUUAGACAGAUCUUCGAGUGUCCCAGAUUUGAGCCAGGCACCAAGCGAGAACUCUAAAAAAGCGAGAGAGCAAAGGCCUAGAUCUGAAACUGGAAAGCCCCCUGAUCGUAGGUCUUCUAGUCCGGGUCUCCUUCGACUCAACUCACAGAAACACAGCCAUAGCAUGUCCAACAGUGCUUGCAACCUACAGCCUGAUUACAUAGAGUUUGAGUCGGGUAUUUCCUUUGAGACUUCCACAUACAAGAGCAAGGCAGCAGAUGAAGAAGUGGCAUCUGUAACAAGACUUAGAAAACUCGCAGAACAUGAGGACAGUAUGUUUGACGAGAAGCAGGAAGAGGAAGACGAGGAAAACCCAAUAUGGCGCCCAUACGAUAUGUUCACCGUUUCUGAACGAGAAACCGAUGACGACAACAAAGUGUUCAAGGAAAUUCUGAAAGUCAUUCGCAGCUCUUUGUACGUUGUGUUUGUGGGUGUGAUACUGAUAGGAACAGUGGCAAGCCGGCUGUCCCUCCAUUUGCUGGCCAGUGAUAUCAGUCAGACUGUGGAAUCUCGAGGCCGGAGUGUUGUGCAACUGAUGAUCUGUAUGUGUGCUCCCAUGCUGUACACAUGGCUCAAAUCCUUCCUGAAGAUCCUUUUCGGCGGCAAAGAGUGGCCGUCCUUAAGAACAUUUGCAGUGGUGAUGUUUUUUGAACUGGUGAGCAUUUAUGGGAUGUGCCUGUUGGUGUUCAAGAUUUUGCCGUCGACGGAUAUCUUUCGAGGCAUAACACUCACCUUCGGAAUGUUCCAGAUACCGAGCAUACUUAAGGUGAUAAUGCUGGACAAACAGCACAAGUGCGGCUUCAAGCCUGUGCUCAAGACUUGUGCGGCUGUUCUAGCCAUGUUGGCUCAGACCGGAUGUUUGGUCUACUUUAUGAUCAUGGAGUACUCUGUGGAAAAGUACGACAAGGUGUUGACUGCACACGAUUACUCAAAAGAAACAGGUUUGGACGAAGUACUUCUUCACGAGUUCAAAUGGGAGUUGCCAGUUUGUCUGAUUUUGUUUUCCUUUGGCUGGUGGGAAAACUACGCAUCCAGUGACUGGUCAUUGUUUGGAAGGGUCAAGUUGAAAUACAAACGUUGGCGUCAUGUUUUACAGAGACCAGUAACUUUUCUGGUAACACCCUUCAAGAUAGCACUGGUGGUCAUCCUUGGCAAAUACCUCGCUGAAGCUGACUUUUCACUUUUUGUAUGGAGUAAAGCAACUAAAAAAUCGGAGGCGGAAUUCCAUGGCAUCUCGUAUAGCCUGUUGUAUAUCCAGCUGGGAUCUGCAAUUUUGUGUACGUAUCUUGCUGGUCUCGCUUGCAAGCUCCACAUGCAGAAGGCAGCGUUUGCCUUCCCUCUGAUAUUGUCUCCUCCUGUGUCACUGGUGACCGUAUAUUUACAAUGCCGAUACGAGCCCUGGUUGUUCCUGACGCCCCACUUCACUGCCAUCUUCCCAGACUUAAACCUAACCCUACGACGACGCAGACAAGAACUGCGGGCAGGCCGAUUUGAGCACUUGAGCUACGUGGCUGAUGAGGCAGGGGAUCACGUUCACCACGAAGCAUCAGCGGAAGAAAGCUACGUCACACCAACCAUUUACGUGUGUGCCACAAUGUGGCACGAGACCAAAAGAGAGAUGACACAACUUCUUAAAUCCCUUUUCAGAUUGGACUAUGGUCACUGUGCGAGCAAGCUGGCACAAGCGAGAUUUAACAUUCGCGACCCAGACUACUUUGACAUGGAAAUUCACAUCAUCUUUGACGAUGCCUUUGAGCUGGAUGUUGUACACAACAAGUUCGUGCCCAAUAUUUUUGUUCGCCAGUUCAUUGGCUGCAUGGAGGAUGCUGCCAGUUCGGUUGUGAAAGGCUUCAUCAUCAUACCAUCCCCUGUCAAAGUGGCCACGCCCUAUGGAGGGCGUCUCAUCUGGACCAUGCCAGGACAAACUAAGAUGGUCAUCCAUAUGAAGGACAAAAACAAGAUCAGGCAUAGGAAGAGAUGGUCACAGGUAAUGUACCUCUAUUACUUGCUGGGGUUCCGUCUCCUGGGCUGUGGUGACGGAAUUGACGUCAUGGAAAAAGAUAAGCCAGAAGAAACUCACCCUCACCUACGACACCGGAAGAAGAAAGGCAACCAGAGAAGAAAGGGCAUGACUAUGCCCCUGAAACAACUGCUUAUGCGAGUUUCCCCUGAUGAAUACGAACAAACUUCGGAGAAUACUUUCAUUCUGACCCUGGACGGUGAUGUGGACUUUAAGCCGGAGUCCGUGAAAUUGCUGGUGGAUCGCAUGAAGAAAAACAAGAAGGUUGGAGCUGUAUGUGGUCGGAUCCACCCUAUUGGGUCAGGUCCCAUGGUUUGGUACCAGCAGUUCGAGUACGCUGUUGGGCACUGGCUUCAGAAAGCCGCUGAGCACGUUCUGGGCUGUGUCCUGUGCUGUCCUGGAUGUUUCAGUUUGUUCAGAGGAUCUGCCAUCAUGGACGACAAUGUCUUGCAGAUGUACACCACAAAACCCACAGAAGCCAGACAUUUUAUCCAGUUCGAGCAGGGUGAAGAUCGUUGGCUUUGCACAUUACUUCUGCAGCAAGGGCAUCGCAUUGAUUACAGCGCUGGAGCUGACGCGCUUACCUUUGCCCCGGAAACCUUCCACGAGUUCUUCAAUCAGCGACGCCGCUGGUCGCCUUCUACGUAUGCCAACAUGAUGGACCUGUUGGCUUCCUGGCGCGACACGGUCAAACUUAACGACAACAUCAGCAGGCUUUAUGUCUUGUACCAGUUUAUCUUGAUGGUAUCGUCAAUCCUGGCGCCGUCGACUGUGAUCCUGAUGAUCUCCAGCUCGUACCACUCCGUGCUGGGAUUAUCCAAUUGGUGGUCCUUCGUGCUCUCGGUGGUACCCGUGGGAAUGUACGUGGUAGUAUGUCUUACACAGAAAACAGACACACAGAUAAAAGUCGGAGCCGUGCUGACAGCCAUGUACACAGUCAUCAUGAUGAUAGCUACAGUGGGAACCGUCAUCAGCAUCGCCACGGAAAACUUCAGUAGCCCUAACGUCGUCUUCCUCAGUGGUCUGGGAAUCAUCUUCGUCAUGGCAGCAGUGCUGCACCCUCAAGAAAUAUACUGCCUGAUUUUCGGAGCCAUUUACUUUUUGGUGAUACCUUCAACCUUUAUUCUCCUGACCAUUUUCUACCUGUGUAAUCUCAACAAUGUGUCCUGGGGCACAAGGGAAGUUCCAAAGAAGUUGACUCCCGAAGAAGAGCAGGUUAUGAAAGAAGCAGAGGAGGAAAAGAAGAAAAAGAAAAAGUCGUGGAACGUUUUUACUUCUGUUGGACUCAUGAAUAUUCUUAAUGAGUUAAGGGAAAUUAUCCGGAACAUAUGGGGGUUAAGACACGAUCUUCAGCAUAACCAAGACUUAAAUUCUGAGAAUGGUGAAACAAAGGUACACUCACCUACUCCACUCAAAGAAGAACAAGUUGAGGCUCCACCUAAAAAGAAACUACCACACGAAAUGCCAGGCUUCGAAGUCGAUCAUGAAAACCCUUUUUGGCUUGAUCAAGCUGAAAUGGGCAGUGGGCCUGUGGACGUAUUGAGCAGCACGGAAACGGAUUUUUGGAAGUUUCUCAUCAAGAAAUAUCUGUACCCACUGGACGAGAACAAGGAGGACAAGGAGAAGAUUGCCAAUGAUUUGUUGGAUGUUCGCAACAACGUAGUGUUUAUUUUCAUCAUGUUGAACUUUUUGUGGAUUGUGAUCUCGCUCCAGCUGCAGGCUUCUGAAGACUUUCUCAAGGAUUACUACAUCAUCCAAAAGUAUGAGCCAAUGUCGCUUGUGUUUCUUUCCAUCUUUGCAAUGAUCAUAGUUACGCAGUUUUUUGGAAUGAUUGUGCACAGAUGGGGUACCUUCCUCCAUCUCAUGUCAAGUACGCGCAUUGAUUGGUUCUUAGGAAAGCAUUCUGAUGAGGAUUUUGCCAGAUUUGUUGUGCAAGAAAUCCAUAAACACCAGAAUCUGGAGCCCGUGGCUGACUAUGCAGAAUCCGAAGAAGAGGACGACACUAGCCUGCCAACUCACCUCGGGGAGGAGGUAGAGGAUGAUGAUGUCUAUUCACUGUCUAGCAGUGUGCGGUCUGAGUACGUCAACCAGGUGGGUCCAGUGAUGGUGUGGCCGCGUGACUGGAGCAACCAGCCGUCAAACCCCGGACAUUUCCCACAGUAUGAGAACAUUCUGAAUCACAAACUGGGCCGGCUGCAGCAGCAACUUAACCGUGUCGGCCACUCCAACAGGGGCAACACUCAUCUAUCCAGACAGCUCAGCAGAAAGGAGACCAAGUUUUUCCAUGGAUGGAGCAGCAGAGACACUAACAUGAGAAAUAGGUUUAUCCAGCAGAACUUACAGGCUCCACAGCAUUCAGUGAGCAUAGAAUAG